GCUUUUAGGAAGCCAGCGUGGAGUGGCAUUGCUUCAUGAUGGGCCUCAGUAAAGCAGACUUAAUGUUAGCUGUGUUCAUUUUAGCCAUUGCCUCCAAUGGCAUCCGACUUGCAAAUGGGAACCAGAAGGUAUCGCCUGUGACACAGAGUACAUCCAGACCUGUGCAUCAGCAGAUGGAUGAGCAAAAAACAUCCUUGAACCGUCAGGUUACAUCCGAUCCUACGCUUCAGAAGCAGCAACUGUCCAUGCACCAACUGUCCAUACACCAGCUGUCCAAAAGUGUCGACAUUGACAUUGACAUUAACAUUCACAGCCACAGCAUUAGUUUCCAGCCGUCGACAAGUGUCAGCAACAGUAUUGAGGUCGACCCGUCCACGACUAUCCUUGCAUUUGACCCGUACACAAACAUCAUUGACUCGCCACCAUCCACAUUUGUCCAUACCCACAUAGUGAUUGGCAACAACAAUGGGGCCACCUCUGAACAUGUGCAGCAGAACGAGAAGCUACCUGGGGCCUCACAGGAUUCAUCCGAUCCUGAGCAGCAAGGGCAGCAGCUACCCUUCAAUGAUGAGCAGCAACAGCAUCAGGCGACCUCUGAACCUGAGCAGCAUCAGGCAACCUCCACACCUGUGCAUCAUCAGGCGACCUCCACACCUGAGCAACAUUCAGUGACCUCCAAACCUGAGCAACAGAGGAAACUGCAGCAUCAGGCGACCUUCACACCUGUGCAGCAUCCGGCGACCUCCACACCUGAGCAACGGAGGAAACUGCAGCAUCAGGCGACCUCGGAACCUGAGCAGCAGCAGCAGCAGCAUCCGGCGACCUCCACACCUGUGCAGCAUCCGGCGACCUCCACACCUGUGCAGCAUCCGGCGACCUCCACACCUGAGCAACGGAGGAAACUGCAACAUCUGGUGACCUCUGAACCUGAGCAGCAGCAGCAUCAGGCGACCUCUGAAUCUGAGCAGCAGCAGCAUCAUCAUCAUCAUCAUCAUCAUCAGGCGACCUCCAAACCUGAGCAGCGGCAUCAGGCGACCUCUGAACCUGAGCGGCAGCAGCAGCAUCAUCAGGCGACCUCUGAACCUGAGCAGCAGCAGACGACCUCCGAACCUGAGCAGCAGCAGACGACCUCCGUACCUGAGCAGCGUCAUCAGGCAACCUCUGAACCUGAGCAGCGUCAUCAGGCGACCUCUGAACCUGUGCAUCAUCACGCGACCGCCGAACCUGAGCAACAUCCAGUGACCUCCACACCUAUGCAACAGAAGCAAAAGCAGUCCCAAGAGCGGACGCGGGCUAAAUCAAAACAAGGUGUCUGGACGGGCAUCCAUGGUGAUCCAGAGGCUACAACCAAACCUGGCCAGCAGGAUCAGGAGGAGAUCAACGCGCCGCCUGGGACGGCGUCUUCUGAAUCCAAAUCUGUGCAAUGGAAAAGGCUGCCAUCCCGGACUCGACUAGAGAGCUAGAUCAGUGGUUCCCAACCUUUUUUGAACAAACGCUCCCUUGACCUGGGGGUGUUGACAUUGGGCUUCAGAUGGGGUAACAGGGCCAGCUUUUGCAGUUCCCAGUUGAAACUGACUGGGUCAAGAUGUUUCUAGGGCAAGCACGGCAUCUGUACAACCCUGACCCUGAUCUCUCCAAGAUGGGCCAUGUGUCUUCCUGAAGCAUUGAAGACUAAAUGGUUAUGAUUCUCUUGGUGAUCCUCCACCAUUUCUGGAAAAGAGCUCACUUCACACCAUCCCUUGAGUUGAAAUAAAUAAAUAAAUGAA